GAAAUGCCCGACGCUGCCGAUCAAAUGUUGGCGGGAUUAGCCGCCCGUCGACGGUCGUUGGCUAAGCAGAUCAGCAAGAUAGACGAGAUAAUGGAGCGGUCGAACAACACCCUGCUCCACAUCGAGUCCAACAACAAGGCCUUGGCGCAGAACGCAUCGGCGCAGGAGUCUCAAAAGGUGUACAAUCUCAAGCCAGAGUGCGAACUGGCUGUGGUCCGUAUCCUGCAGAACUUUCGCCAGCUGAUGCAGAGCAGCGAUCAGCGAGAAGACACCGGUAGCGCCUUGGACGGUUGCCUGGCCUACAGACACCGCGUAGAACAUCUGGGCAGUUCGGUGCGCAAGCUGGUGGCUCUAUGCGACACUGUCAACCAGAUGAGAAGCUUCCAGGCGGAGCAGGAGGCACAGGAGUUUGGCGACGAAUCGCCGUGAUGUAUCAUAGGUUAACAAUUUUAUGUAAAGCAAAAAAGGGGAAAUAACGCCAUUCUUAUUGGCUCUAUUCUCACACUUCUAUAUUUUAAUAAUAUUAAAUCAAAUCAAAGCCA